GUAUGAGUUUUGCAGUCGCCAUUUAGGCAGUAGCACCAGCAGGGGCUGGAGUCAGUCCAUCCCUAAAAGCAGAAAGAAAGAGAGAGGCUGCGAUCAAGCCAACAAAAGCAUUAGCCACGGCCCCGGCACUGGGGAGAAAGCGGGAGAGGAGCAGAGCCGCCGGAGCGCCGAGCCUGCGAGCACACGCCAGGCAGCAGCCACCGCAGGGAAAGCGUCAGGCGACCGAGCUGCAGCCCCCUUGGUUGAGACGGGGACUUGCCGGUGGAGGAAACCCAGGGCAGAGAGGGUGAACAGCUGGUGCCAUGACAGGCAGAAACUGAAGAACAUUUGGAGCUUUCUGUUCCUACACAGAUUUUUCCCUCUAGCUGAGCAACAGACACACUGAGAAACAUGCCUGAGCAAAGCAAUGAUUACAGGGUUGUUGUGUUUGGAGCUGGAGGAGUGGGCAAAAGUUCUUUGGUUUUGAGAUUUGUGAAGGGCACUUUCAGAGAGAGCUACAUCCCUACCAUUGAAGACACCUAUCGGCAGGUGAUCAGCUGUGAUAAAAGCAUAUGCACUUUGCAGAUAACUGACACUACAGGGAGCCAUCAAUUUCCAGCUAUGCAACGUCUUUCUAUUUCUAAAGGACAUGCUUUCAUUUUGGUUUACUCUAUCACCAGCCGACAGUCCUUGGAGGAACUCAAACCGAUCUAUGAGCAGAUAUGUCAGAUUAAAGGAGACGUAGAAAGUAUUCCAAUAAUGCUGGUGGGGAACAAAAAUGAUGAGAACCAAAAUCGAGAGGUGGACAGCAGUGAAGGAGAAGCCAUGGCUAAGAAGUGGAAAUGUGCCUUCAUGGAGACCUCUGCCAAGCUGAACCACAAUGUGAAAGAGUUAUUCCAGGAGUUGCUGAACCUAGAGAAACGCAGGACUGUGAGUUUACAGAUUGAUGGCAAAAAAAGCAAGCAGCAAAAAAGGAAAGAGAAGCUGAAAGGCAAAUGUGUGGUGAUGUGAAAUUUCAUUGUCAGGAGUCAGUCAUGCAGUCUCACCUGUCUGACAAUACUCAUGUAAAACCUAUAGACAGCAAUCAACCACACCUAUUUAUUAGUAUCUAGUUUAAAAUAAAUAUUUGGAAUUUGAAAAAACAAGUUACUGUGGUUACUGUGAAAAAGCAAACAAUUAAAAAAUCGUGUACCGCAGUUACCAGCAAAUAAAAUCAGGAAGUAAAAGAAAGUUGGGCUAGGAUAUCUAAUUUUGCAAUUUACAAAAGAAAAGAAAUUUCGUCCUUAGCAUAAUGUGGCAGAUUUGGGAAGACAACAUAAUAUUAUUUACAUUUGCAUAUAACAGCAAGAGAAGGCAAUGUAUAAUGUUAGAAGAAAAACAAAGAAGUGUCCAUGAAAGAACCUAGAACAUAUAUAUGCAUGGUGGGUGGCGUUAUCACAGUGUGGACAAAUGUGCAAUUUUCAUUACUGGCUGGUGGGGCAGUGUGCAUAAGGUAGUCUGGAUCUGCCAAAUAAAUGAACUCUUUCACACUAAAAUGAAGUGUGGGGGUAGUGCAGCUAAAAGGAACAGAUAAUCUCUCUACCCACUGGCAUGAGAUUUCUUUCUAAUACAAUGCGGUGUUUGAACUGAAGGAAAAGCCAGCCCUUGUAGGAGAGAUGGAAAUGGUCUCCUUUUCUGGACCCAUGGCUUCAAGAAUGACAUGUGCUUCUGCCACCAGUGUAUUUCAGAAGAGCAGAUGUUUGCCUGUGGAGAAUGUCAGAUUGUAUAGAAAUGUUGUACGUACACAAACAGAAAGCUUUGCCAGGGAGGACUGGCUGGGGAGUCCCCUACAAAAUUCUCUAUGGGGAAGGCUCGGUUGAGCUGCUGCUGAUGGUUAUAUGAACAUGUGUGAUUAGUGAAUGAACAGAGAGUCUAUUGAACUGGUGGUACCCUUGGAGAGGGGUUAUUAUAGUAUACAAACUUUUUAUUCAAGUUACCAGAUUAGCUGAGUGAAACUUCUUUACAUUACUAUGUUCAAUAUGUUCCAAUUAGAAUGGUUUUGCAUUCAUGCACUACCGGAUCUAUUGCCUUUAUAUUGUCUGAAGGGUUUUAUAUUUACCAUUUAAACUAAUGAUUUGAACUGCUGUGACUAUUUAUAGAACCAAAUCCUAUAUCUGGCAUUAGGGCCCACAAGUCUCUAAGAGAAGGCUUGUCGGGACAAGUAUUACAGGAUUUGGCAUGUUAAGAGUUCUAGUCAGUACUACGUUACAAUGCAAUACAAAGUUCAGAAUAGAAAAAAAAAUGGUUUAAACCACUCUGUCAGGGCAAACAGCUCUUCUCAAAACUUUUGGAUGGGGAAAAAGUAUACAAAAUGUGAGCUUUUCUGGAUCUCUGCAAAACUUUAAAAAAAAACUAAUAUGAAUGAGUAAAGUAUGUAUCCUACUGACAAAAAAGACUGUCUAAGCUAAAAGAAGCACAUACAUUUUUUAGAGGACACAUCAAAGUGAAUAAACUACAAUUUGCACUUUUGGAACUGCUUUGAAAUAAUAAAAAGAAACCACCAUAUUUUUGGUAAAUAUGUAUGUCAAAAUCAUACUACGGGAAAAUGCAGUCAAGUACUAGUAUUAUUAGUAUGCAUGCUGUUGCAUUAUAAAUAUCUUCUAGGGGCUGUUCAGAUGCAGUACUGCAUUAAAAGUUGUUACCUUUUUGCUCUCAGCACUAUUGCUUGCUUCCCUUCCACCCUUCAAAAAAAAAAAAGUGCAGGCAUUUCACAGGUAGAUUGAUAGUACACAUUUCUUUGAGCAAGAAUUGCUAUUCGCACUGUCUAGAAAGGAGCACAACUUUUGCCAUUGACUGAGAAGAAAUUCUGGCACCAUUAAAAUCAAGUGUAAAUCUCCUACUGAUUAAACAAAAUCAGAAUUCAUUGUAUUUACUUCAUUGUGUUAGAAGGGAAAAUUGGAGAGAGCAUGAAAAAAAGCUAAGGCUCCUCCUUAGCAAUAAAUUUCUGGCUCUUAUACGAUGCUUUCUCUCCAUAGAUCUCAAAGCACUUUACAAAAAGGACAGCGUCAUUAUCUUACUUCCCAGGCGGUGAAACUGAGACACGAAGAGAGGAAACUGCACAUAGGUUACCCAGCAGGCAGUCUGCCACUAGUUCCCAGCCAGUGGCAGACCUAGCAACAAAAGCAGAUCAACUCAGUCCCAGUCCAGUGGAACUGUGUCUGGUUAGACUGUCUCUUCACAUUCUUAAAUAGUUUCUAAAACACAAUAGAAACCUGGUAUGGCUUAUACAGCUAAGUGCAUCUUUUUCUUGUCUGUCUGUCAAUAGAUCAAACAGUAUUUCCAAGUCGGGGAUGCAAAACAUUUAAAAGCACUGUGUUUAGUAAGACUUUUAUGCAUGUUUGCACAUCUACUUCGUAAGCAAAUGGCUGACAAUACUCAUCUUCACAGCAUCGAAUUCCACUAAUGAAACUGGAAAAUCAAAAGAAUGAUCACACUUAAGGAGUAAUGGGUCACAUAAAGAGGUCAGCAGUAUAGAGGUCUCCUGCUGAUGCUAACAAGCCAGUGCCAAAGGUCAUCAUGCAUGGCACACGCCUAAGCAGCCAGCACAGAAUAGUGAUAGAAACUCAAAGAGAAAAGGUCAUAUAAAGACAAAGAUCCUUUUGACAUUACUGCUUUCACUGGUGGAAUUAUUUAGAUAGUAAGCAAUCUUGCAGAAGUACAAUAUAGGGGAUCUGAACUAAACUGAAAGGGUUAUAACUACAAGGAAAUUUGGCCCUGGAGUUUUUUGGAUUGUGCCUCAGCAAGAAAAGAGUAAUUGUAUAGCAGAGGUGGAAAUAAAACAACUAGCUGCCAGAUGCUAGGCUUCAGGACCAUUUCCUUUAAUUCCCAGUUGAUUUCUUACCUGCUACAUAAUAAGCCAUUAAUUGUUUCAUGGACUUGCAUGGAUCAAAGCAAGGCCAGUACAGAAGCAAUAUUACUCACGGACCACAGACUCAAAAGAGAACAUAUUUUAUACCCUUGCAUUGUCAUCCUAGUUUAUACUACUAGAUUUUAGAUAUCUUACAUAAUUGUAAGCUAGUUUAAAAUAGUUGUUUUGCUAUUACUCUUACUUUUUUUUUUUUUAAUACAGGUUAAAAACGAACAUAAAUAGAGAAUAUAUAUAGCUUUAUUACAUUUUGUGUUUUAUUUGGGAAUGUGAUAUUAGUAUAACAAAGUCUUUAAAAUGUAUAGAAAAAAAUAUGACAUAUUUAAAAAAUGUAAGAUCUACAGUUAAUUUUAGCACCCAGAAAACAUGAUCUAGACAUAAUCAGUCUUUACAACGCAUGACUUUUGUAUGUAUAUAUGAAAUACUAAGAUAUAUAGUUAUCAUGAAAUGUGUUGUUGAGAUUUCAUUAGAAAAUAUUUUAUUCAGAAACUCUGGAUUUGAAGUCAUUUGUGCCUACAUGUUUCUAUGGUUUUGGUGAUGUUCUGAGCAUAAGAAAUAAAGUUUUAAAUGGAAA